AUGCGGCCAGCUUUUACUUCACUUUUGGCCGCCUCCUUGGCGCUGGGCGCAUUGGCGUCACCCGUCGCUGAGCCGGCCAUCACGCAGGCCCCGAGCUUGGCCAAGCGAGCUACCACAUGCACUUUCUCCGGUUCCAACGGUGCUGCUUCGGCCAGCAAGUCGCAGACGGCUUGCUCGACUAUCGUGCUCUCCAAUGUGGCAGUUCCAUCUGGCACCACUCUGGACCUGAGCAAACUUGCUGAUGAUACCACGGUCAUCUUCGAAGGCCAGACUACCUGGGGCUACAAGGAGUGGUCUGGGCCGCUGCUCCAGAUUUCUGGCAAGGGAAUCACCGUCAAGGGCGCUAGCGGUGCCUAUCUGAACCCCGAUGGCGCGCGCUGGUGGGAUGGCGAAGGCAGCAAUGGCGGCAAGACCAAGCCCAAGUUCUUCUACGCUCAUGAUCUCACCUCAUCGACCAUCACCGAUCUCCACAUCCAGAAUACUCCCGUUCAAGCUGUCAGCAUCAACGGCUGUGACGGUCUGACGAUCACCGGCAUGACUAUUGACAACACUGCCGGUGACUCUGCUGGUGGACAUAACACCGACGGAUUUGACAUUGGAAGCAGUACCAAUGUGGUCAUCACAGGCGCGAAUGUCUAUAACCAGGAUGAUUGCGUGGCGGUCAAUUCUGGAACUGACAUCACUUUCAGUGGCGGCACCUGCUCUGGAGGUCAUGGACUCUCCAUCGGCAGCGUCGGUGGUCGCGAUGAUAACACCGUCGACACGGUCACCUUUACAAACUCUGUGGUCAAAAAUUCGGUGAAUGGCAUUCGCAUCAAGGCCAAAUCCGGCGAGACCGGCGCAAUCAAGGGCGUGACUUACUCGGGCAUCACCCUCCAGUCUAUUUCCAAAUACGGAAUUCUCAUCGAGCAAAACUACAACGGCGGUGACCUUCACGGCGACGCCACCAGCGGCAUCCCCAUCACCGGCCUAACCGUUAAGAAUGUCUCUGGUGUAGGUGCGGUUUCCUCCAGCGGAUACGACGUGGUAGUUACCUGUGGAUCCUCCGGCUGCUCCAACUGGACUUGGUCCAAUGUCCAAGUCACUGGUGGAAAGACCUAUGGUAGCUGCACCAAUGUUCCCAGUGUGACCAAGUGCUCUUGA